ACCUGUUAAUAAUGUGUGUAAAUUAAUUAAAAUAUAUAAAUAAUACAAGCGUGUCUGCGGCAUAUUUAGUCAGUGAUUAGCAUUAGCAGGGAGAACAGUGAUCUCGGAAUCGUUGGUUACAAAUGGAGUUACGUUUUAGUCGAUUUUUGGUGUUUCUUUUGGCAUGUCUGCUGAAUAAUAGUGAUGUGCGAUGCCAGCUGCCAUUUGACGAGUUAUUGCCUCCCGUGGCCCCAGCUGCAGAGGCUGGGCAAUCCUUGAAUUUGCCACCCGGAAAACCGGCCAGAACACCCAAUACCGUGGAUAGAAACAGUAUACGCCAAAGCGUGGCUGAUGCUGCCGGCAGUGGUAGUGUUGUGGUUCAAACCCCCAAUGGCCCGAUAAGGGGCAAAGAGUGGGGCAUGUAUUUCAGUUGGGAGUCCAUACCCUAUGCCAAGCCUCCGGUGGGAAAAUUGCGUUUUGAAGAUCCCCAGCCGUUGGACCAAAAAUGGCCAACGGAACUCAAUGCCACGGUCUAUCCACAAUAUUGCCUGCAAUGGUUCCGAGACCAUGGUGUCAACAAAUUGCGGGGCCAAGAGGAUUGCCUUACCCUGAGCAUUUACACACCCAAGCCGAGAGGGGUCAAAUAUCCCGUUGUGGUAUUUCUCCAUGGUGGCCAAUUCAUGAUGGGCGGUGGCCCAGAAUUUGAUCCGGAACCUUCCAUGGUGGGCAGCCGUAUUGUCAUGGUCAAGGUCAACUAUCGUUUGGGCCCCCUGGGCUUCCUCAGUACCGGCGACAAUGUCAUACCCGGUAACUAUGGUCUAAAGGACCAACUGCUGGCCCUGCAAUGGAUUAAACAAAACAUUGCCAACUUCGAUGGAGAUCCAAAUAAAAUCUUGCUUUUGGGACAUGGGGCGGGAGGGGCCAGCACCCAUUUGCAUAUGCUGAGGCCCUCGCUGGCCAACAUUGCCAAGGCAGCCAUUUCCAUGAGCGGAGUAGCAUUAAACCCCUGGGCCGUAAUUACCAAGCCUCAGGACAAUGCCAAUCGCCUGGCAGCGGCCGUUAAUUGCAACGCCAAGUCCAGCCAGGAUCUGAAAACAUGUCUACAAUCCCGCAACGCCACCGAUAUUGUCAAUGCCGUUCAAACUCUCCUAAACUGGGGCUAUAAUCCCCUGGUACCCUUCGGGCCCGUGGUGGAGCCGAAAAAUGCCAAAAAUGCCUUUCUUACCGAACAACCUGAGGCCAUCAUAAAAUCCGGACGUUUCAGUCACAUUCCCUGGCUGGUAUCCUACACGAGUCAUGAUGGCAAUUUCAAUGCUGCCGAACUUUUGAGAAUAAACCCAAGGACGGGCACGGAAUACAUCAAUGAAAUGAACAAAAAUUGGCUCGACUUGGCACCGCAAAAUCUCUUCCUGCAACACAUUAGCAAAGAUCCACGAGGCUAUGCCCAGGGUUUAAAGGAUGCCUAUUUGGGUGAUGAACCAUUCUCCACGAAAUCCUAUGCCAAGGUAGAGGAAAUGUACACAGAUGUUUUGGUCAAGAAUGGCGUCCUGAAGGCCAUGCAGCUGCAUAGCCGUUACUCCAAGGCUCCAGUUUAUGGUUUUGUCUAUGACAUUGCCUCGAAUUAUGCCAUUGGCUACGAUUUGGCAUUCCGAACGGAUAUUAAAUUUGGUGCCAGUCAUUUGGAUGACAUCACAUUGUUGCUGAGACCCGUUUUUCGCAGUACAGCCAGACCCGAUGAGGUGGUGGUAUCCCAACGGCUGGUGAAUUUAUUGGGAGAUUUUGCCGAUUUUGGUGGUCUCUCCUAUGGCAGAUGUAAUUUUGAGAAAAACACCAAAGCCACUUCGAACAGUUUGCGAUUGCUGUGGAUUACCAAGGACUCGUGUGAAACUGUUAUACAGGAUGUGAAUUGAAAGAAUAUGGCAUUUAAUUCCAUUUAUCUCCAAGACUGAGAGGCUAGACUUUGGAAAGAAUUCAAGUUGAUGUGAAUUUAUAGCAGAAUAAGACAAAAUUUUAUUUAGUAGGGAAAAUAAGUCAAGUCUGGCAUUUAAAAUAAAAUUUUAUUUAAGUUUUGUUAUUUAGGGAUAUUUCGAAAUAAAAAAAUAUUAAGAUAUGAAAAAAAA